AUGAUAGAAGCAGAAAUCCGAACGACGCAAGUGUGGCGUCAAAGUGCCAAGGCCUCUAAUCUUAUCACCCACCACCUCGUGACGCGGGUGUUGCCCCUUCCGACAGACGAAGUAAACAUGGGGAUCUGCAAGUCUACAACAAUCAAUUCCGUCACAUUCGAAGCAUCAGGCUCACUCGCCAUCGCCAGCAUGGCGACCUCGAUAGAGCCAGAGAAAUAUGAGGUCGAGGGUCUUUUGGUACAAUCAGGAAGGUCAGAAGAAUAUCAGACGGCCAUAUCCUGUGUCGGAAAGAGAUUCAAUACAUCAAAAUGUCUCAGAAGGAGCGAGAACAGCUCCACGCCGAGUUCUCUAUCCUUAAACUCCCUCAAACACCCGAAUAUUGUCGGAUACUACCACCGAGAACACCUGAAGCCGACACAGGAACUCUAUCUGUACAUGGAGUACUGUGGAGGAGGUGAUCUCAGCAAGGAGAUUCUCAAACUCCGGGGAAAAGACCAGUAUGCAGAUGAGGAAUAUGUUUGGAGCAUUUUUUCACAGCUCGUCGCCGCUCUAUACCGGUGCCAUUAUGGAGUCGAUGCUCCGGAGGUUGGCAGGAACGCCAUGGGGCCAUGCGGUGCUCUGAAGCCAUUGGGCUUGAAAGGCAAAAAUCAAGUCAUGAUCUUGCACCGAGACCUGAAACCGGAGAACAUAUUCCUCGGCGCGGACAACUCGGUCAAGCUUGGAGACUUCGGAUUGUCAAAGCUGAUGCAAUCCCACGACUUCGCGUCGACAUACGUCGGAACACCGUUCUACAUGUCGCCCGAGAUAUGUGCUGCAGAAAGAUAUACCCUCCACUCGGAUAUUUGGUCUCUUGGAUGCGUGAUGUACGAGCUGUGCGCGCGGACUCAACCUUUCAACGCCAAGACGCAUUUUCAUUUGAUACAGAAGAUCAAAGAAGGUCGAGUAGAUCCACUGCCAAGUGUAUACUCUCAGGAGUUACAAAACGUCAUCAAGAGCUGCUUGAAUAUCAAUCCGCUAAAGCGACCUGACACUGCGAGCCUGCUGAAUCUUCCUGCUGUGCGGCUAAUGAGAAAGGAGAGGGAAGUGGUUGAAUUAGGAAGGUUAUUGAGGGUAAAAGAAGAACAGGCCAUGCGAAAAGCUCAAGAAGCCGAGGCUAAGGCUUCGAACUGGAACGGGGAGAAGGAGAAAAUGAGAGCUGCGUUGGAAUCGACAAUACGUCGGGAAUGGGAGGUGAAGGCCAGACUCGAGAUUAAUCGACAAGUCCAGAUGGAGAAGGAAAAGCUCCAUAAAAUGUUUGAGACCGAGGUCCGGUCGAGAGUCGAAGCCGAAGUGCAAUUACGGCUUGAAUUACGGCCAAUUGCGAAAGAAGGAGGACCACCUACUCCGCCGGACGUCCAGUUUUCGUCCGUCAGCACAAACGCGGAUUCCGAUUUUCUGUCGUCGACGGACUUGAGCAGCCUCUCCAUCGACUCGCCACCAGUCAUACAAUCCAAAACACCACCCAAGAAGCGAACGCGAACCGCAUUAUCUCGGGCCCGCACUGAAUUUGACUCACCGAUGGAUGUACAGAUGAUUGACCCUUCACCAAUGUCGAUCGCCUGCCUCUCCCUCUCACCCCGCCGCGCAGCCGCUGCAAACGCGUCUGGAAUACCCAACAACAAGAACCUCUUUGCUGCAGCCGCCGUCCAGAAGCACCGACUCGCACCUCAAUCGUCUUCGCCACGUGCCUCGAUCAUAGUCGAAGAGGAAGAAGACACCCUUCCUGACCUACCAUCACCCACCCGGGCACCGUCAGGUCUUCCUGACCCCUUCAAGGCCCCCAGCCGGCCGGGCCUCCUCCGCCAGAAAACCGCGCCAAUGAACCGCCUCAGUGGAUACCCCCAACCUACGCUCUUUCCGCCGGCAGCGUCUGACCGACCAUCCCGGGUUCCGUCGCCACCAAGCCCGAAGCACUCAGGAUUCUCGCCUGUCCGCAAAGCGCCGCCCAAACCACCUACUAGUAGCACGGAGAACGAAAUAUUUAAAGCCGUCAUGCAGCGAAAUCUGUUUGGUCAGAACGGCGGGGGGAGGACGUUGGUCGAGCUGGCGCAAGCGAGAGCUGGAGGACUCAGUCAAGCGCAGAAAGUAGAGAAGGGAAUUGUGGAGGAGACCAAGAAAGAGAACCUGAGGAGUGGUGGGGAUGUGCCGGUCUGGGAUCCGGAGAGAGACGAGAUGCCGAGCCCAUUCUUGGUUAGGGGUGGGAAGGGUUUACGAAGGCUGUGA